UAACUAAAUCAAAAUGGCCCGAAUGAACCGCCCAGCUCCUGUGGAAAUCACCUACAAGAACAUGAGAUUCCUAAUCACACACAAUCCAACCAAUGCAACCUUAAACAAAUUUAUAGAGGAACUUAAGAAGUAUGGUGUUACCACAGUGGUAAGAGUGUGUGAAGCUACUUAUGACACUGCUCCGGUGGAAAAAGAAGGCAUUCAGGUUUUGGAUUGGCCCUUUGAUGACGGUGCUCCACCAUCCAACCAGGUUGUUGAUGAUUGGCUAAACCUCCUUAAAGUUAAAUUUCGUGAAGAACCUGGUUGUUGUAUUGCUGUACACUGUGUUGCUGGUCUUGGAAGAGCUCCAGUCUUAGUUGCUCUUGCACUGAUAGAAUGUGGAAUGAAGUAUGAAGAUGCAGUGCAGUUCAUAAGACAGAAGCGGCGUGGAGCUUUUAACAGCAAGCAACUUCUGUACCUAGAGAAAUACCGCCCCAAGAUGCGUCUGCGCUUCAAAGACUCCAAUGGUCACAGAAAUAAUUGUUGCAUUCAGUAAAGCUCAAUGGCCUAUAGUACUUCUUUGGGAAUAAAGGAUUGGAACUAGAAUUAAGCAGACUGCAUGACAAAGACAUCAGUCUGAUUUUUUUUUUUUUUUUUCUUUAUUUUUGGUAGUAAAGGAAGCUUCCUUAGGAGUAUUUUAAUAGGCUAAAGGCUUAGUAGAAAUGCAACUUCUAUGUUUAGGUAAAUAUCCGUCUGUUUGGAGACCCAGUAAAUGUUUUUUUGCUGUACUCUGUUUCUGAGCUGUCUCCUUGCUCAUUAAUUACCAGUUCAGAUAUUCUAUAAUCAUGCCAUUGAGUCUUUCCCGCCUAGUUUCAACUGCUAAAAAUUGGGGUACUAAAAUAAAUAAAUCUGUAGAGAGAUUAGGUGCCAAAACACCCAGCAUAUUGAGUACAUGGUUUUCCUUAUAAAUGAGCAUAGUUCUGAUGAUGUGAGAACUACCAGCUUAUCCGGACCUUACUAUCUUUUUUUCUACAGUCAUUUUAAGAUGAACGAAUAUGGCCUCUAAGGUAGCCUUGCCUGCUCACCCUAUGUUUUUGUCUCCCACAAUCGCACUAGAGUUAUCAGGAUUUGCACAGUUUGUCUUUUUAAUACUAUGAAUUACAGCAGGUUUUUUACCCCAGUGUCUGUACUUUUCUGUUAUCUGAACCUCUCCAUUUUACAAAUCAUUACUCUGGUUACUCAUGUAGAAAAUCUUUUAAAUUGUACAGAAGCACACAAGUCUUUAAUGUCUCCAGACAAAAAGCCUUACAGUAAAAUUAAUGUUGACACUUGAUGUGCAACUUAACAGAGGGCCUGAAAAGGUUGGGAGGAGCUAUUUAAUAUUUCUAGUAAAAUGUUGCCUUUGUCUCGUGCAGGAAGUAUAGAAUAUGCCCUUUACUUUAGUAAAUAUUUUUUUAAAACGUAGAAAUGCUUUGUUAUCGUAGCUAAAAAUUCUUAAUCAGAAAAUUUCUGAAAAAUCUUGUAGUUUCUUUUACUGUACCUAUUGAAAGUUGUUUACCAACUAUUGCUUUGUUGAAAGUGUGAUUUUUUUUUUUUUUAAUUAUUGUUUUUUCUUUUGUUUUUCCUCCUUGAGUUUCUGCUAUGACUCGGGCAGACCUCUGUAAUAUUUUGUAUGCCUUUCAAGCUGCGUAACUUAAUAUUUGGAUACUUGAUAAUUUGUUUUAUUAUGUAAUUGAUAAAAUGGUGAUGUGUAUUAAUGUUAGUUCAGCCAUAUAUUUAUACUGUCUUGGGAAUGUGUGGUUAUAGUUCUGUGGGAGAAAUAAUUUUGCCAGUGUUCACCAGCUUGUAAAAUCUAGUGCGAGAGCUUAAACAUCUAAAUAAAUACUGAAAUGCACUUACGAAGUUUGCGGAAAUGCUCAUGACUUUCACUUAUUUUUGUGUACUUUGUCAGCGACCUUGAGGUGCCUAAAUUCAGAAUCUAUCCAGGCAUCUCUCUUCUUUUUUUAAAUCUGGGCCUGAAUGUCCCCUUUGCUGUAAUGUUUGCUGUUAUGUUUGCUGUUUGUUUUACUCAUAAAUAAAUGUGGACAAAAAUGAAUAGUAGAAA